AUGGCGUCGAGACUUGACAGAUUAGUCACGAUUCUCGAAACGGGGAGCACCCGCCUGAUUCGUGACACCGCAGUCAACCAACUUGCCGACUGGCAAAAGCAGCAUCCUGAUGAGCUCUUCAAUCUUCUUGCCAGGGUCGUCCCCUAUCUUCGACACAAGGAUUGGGAGACACGUUCUACCGCAGCCAAAGCAAUAGGCAAGAUCAUUGAGAAUGCGCCCUUGUAUGACCCGAAUGAGGAUGAGGACGUCGUGCCGGUCAAGAAGGACGAGGCCGAGGAGAACGGCCACGUGAAGAAGGAGGAAGAAAAAGAGACGGCGUCCUUUUCUUCUAACGAGCUUCUCAAGCUGGAGUCGCUGAAUGUAGAGCACAUUGUCAAAUAUGGCCGCCAGCUCCUGCGGGGUGGCAAUAUCGAGUAUGCUUUGGCCUCAUUAGACCCUCCCGCACGACUUGCCCACCAGAAGAAAACACUUAAUGGACGCCUCGGUCUACUCGGCAGAGUGUUCGAGGAUGCCGAGAUGCCGGUCCUCGUCGAGAAGGAUGCUAGCCCGCUCACCCCCCAGGACUCAACAAAUGGUCACAACGGAAGCAAGGAAAGCGCCACCUCUCACGGGCACCAUCAGACGACAGAGGAGGCGGGCUUGAGUUCCAGGCAGCUCAACGUCCUCAAGAGGAAACGGAAGAGAGAGCUGCAAAAGGCGGCACAAGGAAAGGGCGGCUUUGGGGAUCUGACCGUGAGAAGAACCACGACAGCAGGUUCCGAAGGAUUCGACGAAACACCAAUGGCGGACGCCGAUUCGAAGCAGAAGAAUGGAAAAGUGAACGACUAUUUUAACCUGGAGAGGCCGGCGGAUGUCGACGAAGACUCAAAGGUUGUCAGCGAGUUCAAGGGGCAAGUGAUACCCAUCAAAUCCGAAAUCGAGGUGGACGAAACCAUGGAAGGUGCCGAAUGGCCGUACGAGCGACUGUGCGAUUUCCUCAAGGUUGACCUCUUCGACCCCUCAUGGGAGACUCGACAUGGAGCUGCGAUGGGCAUUCGAGAGGUUAUUCGUGUUCACGGCGGUGGAGCUGGCAGAAUACGCUCCAAGUCCCGCGCUGAAAACGAUCGAUUAAACCAAGCUUGGCUGGACGACCUGGCCUGCCGACUCUGCUGCGUCCUAAUGCUGGACAGAUUUACCGAUUACAGUUCUGACACGUCCGUCGCCCCAAUCCGCGAAACCAUCGGCCAAUCUCUUGGCUCGGUUCUGCGACAUAUCCCGGCAGAAUCGGUCCACGGCAUCUACAAAAUUCUAUAUGGCAUGGUUAUGCAGGACGAUCUGCACCUAGACAUGCUCCAGUGGUCCGUCUGUCACGGCGGCAUGGUCGGCUUGAGAUACGUCGUUGCCGUACGGAAGGACCUGCUACUCGAGGACAAUGAGAUGAUCGAUGGGGUCAUUCGCCUGGUCAUGAAGGGGCUGGAAGAGCACGACGACGAUGUGCGGUCGGUGAGUGCCGCGACACUGCUGCCCAUGGCAAAGGAAUUUGUCACCCUGCGGCCCGGGUCCAUUGACGGCCUCAUCAACAUCAUGUGGGGAAGUCUUGCCGAUCUGGGAGAUGACCUGAGCGCCAGUACUGGUAAGAUCAUGGAUCUUCUCGCCACCCUCUGCAGCUACCCCGAGGUGCUCCAGGCCAUGGAGACGUCUGCCGCCCAAGACGAAGAGCGCUCCUUCACCUUGUUGGUACCGCGCCUGUAUCCCUUCCUCCGACACACCAUUACCUCUGUUCGCUUAGCCGUGCUGAAGGCUCUCAUGACUUUUGCAAACUUGGGCGCCGAAAACUCCCGCGGAUGGCUUAACGGGAGGAUUCUGCGCCUCAUUUUCCAAAACAUUAUUGUCGAGCGGGAUAGAGAGACACUGGCCAUGUCAUUGGACGUUUGGACGGCCUUAGUUCGCUCGUUUUCGAAGACCCCUGAUAUCUUGGCUGACGAGUUCGCCGCUCACGUGGAGCCUUUGAUGAAGCUUACACUGCACCCAAUCGGCGUGUCAAGGCAUCCCUUGCCCAUGCCCGCCCAUCUUUUCCAAAAGCCCUCGGGCGGAACAUAUGCGCCCGUCGCAGCGACGCCCGCCCGCAAAGCAUCUUCUCCCGAGGGCCCCGAGAGAGCAACCAAGCGCCGUCGCAAAUCCACAAAGACGGAUGACGUUCCCGUUACCUCGCAUACACACGACGUUGAUGGUCACAUGAUUCAAGGUGAUGUGGACCUGGUUGGCAUGGAUACGCUAAUCCGUUCGCGCGUAUCGGCAGCCAAGGCCAUGGGCUUGAUCAUGUCCUUCAUCCCCCCGUCGAACCUUUCUGAAUAUGACCAGCUUCUUCUUGCCGGUCUAUCAGACAAGGCGUCCUCCACACAGCUAGCAGCCUGCAUGGUUAUUGACGAGUAUGCAAAGAACGGACCCACGACGGAGGCUGCGCAAAGAUUCGCGGCACCCCUACAAACCAUCAUUGAGACGGAACGUCCCAGUCAUUACAGCGAUCUCGUUAGCUACAUGCACAGGGUACGGUCGCAAUGCCAACAGCUUCUCAACAUGUUCCGCGACCACGGCAAGGUAUCAAGCGGACGCCUUCCAACGCUUGCCGUCCUCGUCCAAGGCGACGAGCAGGCAGGCCCCGGCGCCUUUUCUAUUGCUGUCGCGGACAAGGUUGUUGGUGAAGAUUUCGAAAAGCUGAAGAAGGUCAUGUCUCCGGGACAGCGUCUGGUAGCCAGUCAAAUGCUUGGUGAGGCCAGAGAUGUAGCCGUCUCGGCCAUUGCCGACGCAAAGGCGGCCAAGGACUCCCGAGAUGUACGCAUCAGAGCGGGCGCGGCAUGCGCACUAGUUGCAAUCAAGGCCUUGCCCAAGAAACCCAGCCCAUUGAUCAAGGGUAUCAUGGACAGCAUCAAGACAGAAGAGAACCAGGAGCUUCAAAGCCGGGCCUCAGGUACCAUUGCAAGACUUGUCCAAGUGUUCAACGAGAAGGGCCGUCGUGGACCAGCAGACAAGGUUGUUUCCAACUUGAUCAAGUUCUCUUGUGUCGAGGUUGCGGAGACCCCCGAGUUCCCUGUUCACGCAAGCAAGACAGACUGCGUGCUUUCAAUGCAGAAAGAAGAGGACCGCGUGGACCAUGCAGAUGCUGUCAAGUGGGCAAGGGAAGUCAAGGCCGCUCGCAUCACCCGCCGAGGAGCCAAGGAGGCUUUGGAGAUCCUGGCUCAGACCUACGGUGCAGAUCUCCUCAUCGCUGUACCCACGAUCAGAGUCUUUAUGGAGGACCCUCUUGUCAAAGCAUUCUCUGGCCCCUUGCCGGCCGAAGCAAGGGAUCCUGAGAACAACUUUGGCCAAGAAAUUGUCGACGCUUUGUCCCUCAUCCGGACUCUCAUGCCAACCCUCGACAAGGCCAUCCAUCCAUUCAUCAUGGAGAAGGUGCCAUUAGUUAUCAAGGCCCUGCAUUGCGAGCUGUCCGUCUUCCGCUACAUGGCCGCAAAGUGUAUGGCUACCAUCUGCAGUGUCAUCACAGUCGAGGGCAUGACAGCGCUCGUCGAGAAUGUAUUGCCAUCCAUCAGCAACCCCGUUGACCUCAACUUCCGCCAAGGUGCUAUCGAGGCCAUCUACCACCUGAUUGCAGUCAUGGGCGAUGCCAUCCUUCCUUAUGUCAUUUUCCUCAUCGUCCCAGUUCUGGGCCGAAUGAGCGACUCCGAUAACGAGAUUCGUUUGAUUGCGACAACCUCGUUUGCCACCCUCGUCAAACUCGUACCCCUUGAAGCCGGCAUUCCCGACCCCCCGGGUCUGUCGGAAGAGCUGCUCAAGGGCAGAGAUCGCGAAAGAACGUUCAUCUCACAGCUCUUGGACCCGAAGAAGGUGGAAUCGUUCCAGAUCCCGGUCGCAAUCAAGGCCGAACUUCGCUCAUACCAGCAAGAAGGUGUCAACUGGCUACACUUCCUCAACAAAUAUCACUUGCACGGAAUUCUUUGCGAUGACAUGGGUCUCGGUAAAACCUUGCAGACCAUUUGCAUGGUAGCAAGUGACCACCAUCAGCGUGCAGAGGAGUUUGCAAAGACUGGUGCGCCCGAUGUACGACGGCUCCCGUCCUUGGUUGUUUGCCCUCCUACGCUGUCCGGUCAUUGGCAGCAGGAGAUCAAGACCUACGCGCCCUUCCUCAGCGUUACGGCUUACGUCGGCCCACCUGCCGAGAGAAAGUUAAUGAAGGACGGCUUGGACAAAACCGACAUCGUCAUUACCAGCUACGACGUUUGCCGAAAUGACGCGGAAGUUCUCGCAAAAUACAACUGGAACUACGUCAUUCUAGAUGAGGGACACUUAAUCAAGAACCCCAAGGCAAAAAUCACAAUCGCUGUCAAGAAGUUAGCAAGCAACCACCGGCUAAUCUUGACCGGCACGCCCAUCCAGAACAACGUCUUGGAACUUUGGUCUCUCUUCGACUUCCUGAUGCCUGGUUUCCUUGGCGCUGAGAAGGUCUUCCUGGACAGGUUCGCCAAGCCUAUUGCUGCAAGUCGUUUCAGCAAGGCGUCUUCAAAGGAACAGGAAGCGGGCGCCUUGGCCAUAGAGGCCCUUCACAAGCAGGUCCUUCCCUUCCUCCUGCGACGUCUCAAGGAGGAGGUGCUCGACGACCUGCCGCCGAAGAUCUUGCAGAACUACUACUGUGAUCUUAGCGACCUCCAGAAGAAGCUUUUCGACGACUUCACCCGGAAACAAGGCAAGAAGCUGCAGGAGGAGGCGGGCCGCGAAGACAAGGAUGCAAAGUCGCAUAUCUUCCAGGCCCUGCAGUACAUGCGGAAGCUUUGCAACUCCCCGGCCAUGGUUAUGAAGCCUGGUCACGGCAUGUACGAAGAGACUCAACGCAUCCUUAGGAAGCAGGGAACCAGUCUCGAGGAUCCUGUUCACGCACCCAAGUUGACCGCCCUCAGGGACUUGCUCGUUGACUGCGGCAUUGGCGUGGAAGAAGCCGAGUCGAACGACCCGCUGUACCAGCCGAUCAAGCCGCAUCGCGCUCUUGUCUUCUGCCAGAUGAAGGAGAUGCUGGACAUGGUCCAAAACACAGUCCUGAAGAGCAUGCUACCUGGCGUUACCUACCUUCGCCUGGAUGGUGGAGUCGAAGCCAACAAGCGGCAAGACAUUGUCAACAAGUUUAACAGCGAUCCGUCAUAUGAUGUUUUGCUCCUGACCACCAGUGUCGGAGGCCUUGGCCUCAACCUUACCGGUGCCGACACGGUCAUCUUCGUCGAACACGACUGGAACCCCCAGAAGGAUAUGCAGGCCAUGGACCGGGCCCACCGAAUCGGCCAAAAGAAGGUCGUCAACGUGUACCGUCUGGUCACCAGAGGCACGCUCGAGGAGAAGAUUCUCAGUCUGCAGCGCUUCAAGAUCGACGUGGCCUCGACGGUGGUCAAUCAACAGAAUGCUGGCUUGGCCACGAUGGAUACAGAUCAGAUUCUCGACCUCUUCAACCUGGGAGACACGGGACCUGGUCUCAUAUCGGACAAGCCACAAAACGUGAUGGAAGGACGAGAGGAAGACAUGGUGGACAUUGAAACGGGUGACGUUGUUACGAACAAACAGCCCGGCAAGAAGGCCUGGCUUGAUGAUUUGGGCGAUCUCUGGGACAACCGCCAGUACGAGGAGAGUUUCGAUCUGGAUGGGUUCCUAAAGACGAUGCAGUAG